GUCAGCAAUAGCUGCAUCGAAAUGUUGGAAUGAAUAUUUUAUUUUAUUUUCGUCAGCGAUAGUGUGCUGCUCAUGGAAAACGCUUAAUCAUUUUCUCUUAAUGCAUCAUUUCAAGAUUUUAUAAUAUUUAUAUCGAAUGCAGUGGCGCAGUAUGGAUACAGAGAGCAGCACACAUUUCCUUGAAAAUAUUAGACUAAAACACGAAAAUAACACGAAUCCUAAUGAUUCGGGGCGUUGCGAGAGUUCUGGCAUCCGAGUAAAACUGCGAGCUCUGUUGGUAGCUCUUUUAGGAGUGUCGAUGUCAGCUUGCGCGUUUGCGUCGCAGCCUGUCGAACUGGAACUAGACGAUGAUGAAGUUAAUCAAAGGCUUAAUAACGUUAGCUUUGCUAGACGUAUUACAAAACCUACAAUUCGUCUUGUGAUGGGUUACGGAAAACUUAGCGCGUUCGUGACAGCUUGCACUUCUCUAUUGCUACUCAUCGCUGUCAUGUCCAAGCAAUCCUGGUGGCGACGUGGUGCCAGAUGGUUAGCGGCUCCUGCAUUGCUGGUUGCCGCACUAGAAGCGGCAUCAGAUGCUAGCGAUGCAUUGUUAGCUGCAGUGUUGCGAGGGUCGGCCGAGCCUGCUUUGGUCGCUGGACAAACUGCCGCUGCUUGUCUCUUGAUCACUAUCGAGAUUCUCGUCUGGUAUUUCAUAGCUAAGUUUUUUGAAUUUAACCCAGCUAUACCCUUGCCACUGCCUAAAGCAGCUUUACCAAAACCUGCUAUUACUUACCCCCAACAAAGUUGAAUAAUUGCCUCAAGCCAUGUAUUCACUGAAUCCAUAAAAUAAUAAUUACAUGCUGAAAAUCAAUACUUC